UUUCUGUCUGGUCGCCAUCGAGAAAACAUCUCCUGCCAGUUUAAACAUCAAGUCGUUUGGCGUUCGUUAUGCCUCCAGCGCGUGCUAAGAGUGGACGAUUUGCGAAGAAAGGUGAAGUUGAGCGUCGCAAGAAGUUUUCGGAGCAUGCCAAGGAGUUGAAUGCUAUCAGACAAGCUAAGAAGAAGCUGCAGGAUGAAGAUCGAGAGCUGCAGAGUGUUGGGACACGUUUCAUCGACCUGGCUGUUUUAGCCAAUAACCUAUGGUGCAAAACUUGUAAUGCCUCGCUGACGCUGAAGAACAUGGAGAAAGAAAUCCACCGGGGCCUCGCCUCCAUCCUCCACGUCCGCUGCGUGACGUGCUUGGACCUGGUGCAAGUUCCAACUUCGAAGCUUAUUCGUGUACCAAACAGCUCUUAUCCCUUGUGGUCCGUGAACAUGAAAGCAGCGACAGGUUGUGUGGACAGCGGUGUUGGCCAUGAACAGCUCAACACACUCAUUACCAGCAUGAAUAUUCCUGCAGUGAAUCAUCACACCAUAAAGCGAUCUGAAGCCAGGAUUGGGCCUGCUAUUGAGCAACAUGCUAAUGAGUCUAUCAAGCGUGCGCUGUUGGAGGAGAAGAGACUCACUGAAGAUGCCAACAGAGCUACACAUUCCAGAGGAGUCCGGAUUGGAUCCUAAACGACCAAUUUCCACCUUCUCUUGUUAGCUGUGUUUCUGUGCGU